AUGUCCAACCAAGAGGGGUCGAAUCCGGAAGGGGCUGCUUCUGCAGGGUCAGCUCCUAAGUCCAAACUUGACUCCUUGAGCAGAGAAGACCUCAUUAGAUUUGUAAAAAAACAAGUAGAAAAUAAUAAGGAAGUGAAAAAAAAUGCUGAUCAGGUCCAAAAUGAAUUGAAAAUAAAGGCAGAGGAAUUAACUUCAGUUCAAUCACAGCUUGAAGUUUGCACGAAUGAAAAAGCUUCUUUGUCCAGGAGAAUAGAAGAACUCACUGGCAAACUUGAGUUUCUUAAUAUGAGUGUAGCAGAGAGUAAUAACGAAUGUACUGCUAAUGAGCUUAUUUUAAAAAAUAAAAUAACCGAGUUCGAGGCAGAAUUCCAGAAAACAAAGGAUGAGAAAGGCAAUUUAGAGCAGCAGAAUAAUAAGAUGCUUACUGAACUUGAAGCCGCUAAUACACUCAUUCUGGAGUUACGAUCACAGGUAGAUGAUUCCCAAGCAGAAGCUGUUGCUCUCCGAGAACGAAGGACAGUUGCGGAUGUGUUUUCUUUAGAGAUUAAAGACUAUGAGAAAAAGGUUAAUAAUCUUCAAAAAGAGUUGAAAGAAGCCGUCGCAAGUUCAGCUUCUAUUCGGGAAGAACUUGCCAAUCUCAAGAGCCAACAUACGUCAACCAAAUCUUCGCAAGAAAUUUUAAUUAAAGAGAAGGAUGACACGUUGAAAGAACUUGACCGCUUGAACAAAGCUUUACUAGAGGAAGGGGUUCGAUCAAAUGAGAUUCAAGAAGAACUUGCCCAAGUCAAAUCAAAGCUUAAUUCCAUAGAAGAUGAUAGAGGAAGUGAGAGAAUAGAACUCAGUAGAGAAGUUGCAGAGGCUCAAAGAAAAAUUAAUGAAUUAGAGGACACUGUGACCAUCUUGAGGGACGAGACUAAAAGGUUGAGAACCGACCGAGAUGCAGCGGAAACUAGGGCCGAAGAUUUGGCUAAAGAUUAUGAAAGCUUCAAGAGUCGAGCCAGGUUUGUUUUAGAACAAAAAUCAAAGCAAGACGCGCAAGAAUCGCAUACGGAGGAAAUAGAAAAGUUGGAGAAAACAUUAGCAGAGUUGCAGGAAACGAUCGCUACACUCAAAGAGAACAGAUCUGGUCUUCAAAAUGAUUUAUCUCGUGCACGUGAGCAAGUUGUACAUCUGGAAACUGAAAACAGAAAAUAUCGUCGCGAAUCAGAUGAAGCUCAACUUUUGUUAGCCACCACGAUGGAUGAACUACGAGCUUCUAAAACGGAUUUCGAGAAGAAUGUCAUUGAGAAAACUCAAUUGUCCGCACAUUUACAUAGUCUUACCUGUCAAAUUGACACACUCAAAACACAUAAUGAUAAGGUGGAACAUUUGUUAUCCGCGGAACGAGAAAAAAACAAUUUGAAGAUUGAUCAGCUUGAGAAACAGAUUGGGGAAGAAAGAAAGUUGCGUGAAGAAGCUGUGAAGCAGUUGGAUGACAGCCGAAAGGAGCGUCCUUCCCGACCAGCACCAGUAGCAGCUGUCUAUCCUCAGUUUAGUGAUCGCGAGUAUACUCCGGAUUACCGUUGUCAUUCCACAGUUUCGGGAAAGCUAUCGAAUGCAACAUUUGGUGAAGAGACGCAGGUUCAUGAGCCCUCACUCGAAGAUGUACUUUUCGGAGAAUGUUCAAUUCAAGAAAGUGAUGGUCAGACCUGUGAUGAAACGGAACAUUGUCCAAUGACUUACGAGCAAUUGAUGGAAGAAUUAGAGAACCUUAGAAAGCAUGCUCAGCAUACGAGAGAGUUGCUAAGCGAAAGUGAAACUGCUAAUGGCCGCCUCAUUGAACAGAGCCGUUUCUUGAAAGAAGAGAUCAGACGUCUUGAGAGAAAUGACGAAAGAAAAGAACAUCUCGAGAAUAUGGAAUAUUUAAAGAAUGUCAUUAUCAAGUUCCUGACACCAGAAAGAGUCGCAUCAGAAAAAUGUCAAUUAAUUCCUAUUCUGAACACCAUGUUACGUCUAUCGCAUGAUGAAGUCGAAGUGUUGAAACGAGCAGCUGAUAAUGAUAGUCAGACAGCACCUGGGACAUCUUGGGGUUCUUAUAUGAAAUGGGGAGGAUUCUCGUAG